GCCGCAAAGGCCCAGCCCGAAAGUUGGCGCUGAGUCACCCGGUACUGCGCAAAUGGGAUGAAAAACAUCGCGUCCUUUUGCUGUAGGAUGUCGCUCACUGCAGAUACUCCAGAACCCUCUGGACGCAAUCCGCGUCAGAGGAUUGUCAGGCACACUGUGUCGUGUGCCCUAGGACGACCCUGCUCGCGGAGGGAGGUUGGGCCAGAUGAUGAUCCCACCGAGCCGACCUAUUCUGUGAUUCUGUAAUGGAUCCUGGUUGUGAAACUAGUGUUUGCCUGAUCCACAUGGUGCCCUUGGCUUCUUACUGCCAAGAACCUUAAGCCAAGUACUAAACACAUUCCAAAAAGAUAGUGACAAGCUGGGGCACAGGGGCAAGGUGAAGGGAGAAGGCUGUCAGUGCAGUGUUACUGAUAUUUUGCCUCUCUCCUUGAAAAUAUAUUAAUAAAUCAAACGUAUCCAGGCCAUCAAUCAGUCCAGAAAAUACUGAAAUUAAGCCUUUGCUCUAAACAUAGGCACUAGGACAGUGCCCUAAGAUGCUGGACUUUAGGAAGAGCACUAGACAGGAGAGAAGAGGUAAAUCCGUUCUCAGGUUUCCUUGAAACCAUGACUUUACUGCCCUCCAACUACCUCAGGAAUGAGACAAUGGGAAUGCUCGUUGGCAUUUUCUGGAAUAUGCAGAAUUCAGACCUGGGCGAACAGAGCUCUGAAUUAAAAGGAGGUGAAAUAAACAUAUCGAUUUUAACAGGCUUCAAAACAAGGUACAGGUAUGCAUAAAACACAAAAAAAGGCUAGUUUUUGGAGUGAAUUUUGAACUCCAACAAUCUUGGAAUGGACAACUUCUUUGAAUGAUUGUAUAAGGCCAACCUUCAUCCAGGACAAGGAGCACCCAAAUAAAGACCUUGAUCCAGGCUCUCUAUGUAGCAGACUCCCUCCUGAUAUUAUCAGCACAGUGAUCAAUGCCAAUCAAUCAAUGCCAAAUUCAGUUCAACAAACCCCUGUUAAGAGAAAGCCUGGAUGUUCAAUGGAAAACUGUCCCAUGAGAAUUGGGAAUACCUUUUUAGUAUCUAAAAGAAGAAACUUAUUUUCUGCACCUGAUUCCAUCAUAGAGCAUUUUUCAUGCAAUGUUCAGCACUGAAAUACUAAGUUCAAAAACUGCACCAGGACCAUCCAUACACACAAGAUGAUUAGGGAGAUAACCUUCAGCCUGGGAAGACAUGUGUCCUCCAUGGCACGUGGGGCCACCCAGAUGAGAAGACUUCUGCAUGGUGGUUAUGUCAGGAUUCAUCCCUCUGUACAGGAAGCUCUGGUGGAAGGGAGACCCGUUGUAGCCUUGGAAAGCACCAUCAUUACACAUGGCAUGGCGCAUCCUCUGAAUUUGAGCAUGGCCAGAGAGGUGGAAGAAAUUGUGAGAACAAAUGGAGCAGUGCCAGCCACUGUAGGUAUUUUAAGGGGCCAAAUCCACGUGGGACUCACAGAUGAGGAACUCGAGUUCUUGGCAAGCAGUAGAAAUGCAGUUAAAGUGUCUCGCAGAGAUUUUCCUUUCGUCCUCAGCCAGGGCUUGUCCGGUGGCACUACUGUGUCUGGAACAAUGAUCGCGGCACACAAAGCAGGAAUUCCUGUGUUUGUGACAGGUGGCAUAGGAGGUGUCCAUCGGGAUGGGGAGAACACUCUGGAUGUGAGUGCUGACUUGACAGAGCUGGGACGAACGCCGGUGGCUGUUGUAUCUGCAGGAGCCAAGUCUAUCCUUGAUAUUGGCAGGACACUGGAAUAUCUGGAGACUCAGGGUGUGUGUGUGGCUGCCUUUGGAGAAUCAAGAGAGUUCCCAGCCUUCUUCUCACGCCAGAGUGGCUUCCAAGCACCAUACCAUGUCCGAGAUGAAGAGGAGGCAGCUAAACUCAUUGACAGUGCUCUGGGGCUGGGCCUGAGCAGCGGGGUGCUGAUAGCAGUGCCCUGUCCCCGGGUGCGAGCUGCCGAGGGCCAGGCCAUCGAAGAGGCCAUCCAGCAAGCUCUCAGCCAAGCCAGAUCCAAAGGAAUCACAGGCAAAGAAGUGACCCCCUUUUUGUUACAGAAGCUCACAGAAUUAACUGAUGGGAAAUCGUUGGACUCUAACCUUGCACUGAUCCAGAACAAUGCCAGAGUGGGCAGCUGCAUUGCAGUGGCCCUCAGCAAGCUACAGAAAGCCAGAAGGAAGGGGAGCCAGCCUGGGCGAAGGGACAUGACCACACCUCAACCAGUGGUGAUUGGCGGUAUCAACGUUGACUUUAUAGCCAAGGCACAGAACGCUGAGAUCCUGGGUGUUGGGCAAACAAAUGCUGGAAGAGUGAGACGAACCUUUGGUGGUGUUGGAAGGAACUUGGCAGACUGCUUAAGCCGUCUUGGACAAGCUCCUCUCCUUUUAUCAGCUGUGGGGAAGGAUGAGCAUUUAGAAUCUGUCCUGCACUACUGCCACCACAUGGACAUGAGUGGUGUCCUUCAGCUGGAGGGGAAGAGCACAGCCACUUACUGUGCUGUGGUCACCAGUGCUGGGGAGCUCAGCGUUGGCUUGGGAGACAUGGACAUCCACCACCAGAUAACAGAGCAAUAUGUGUCCCAGUUCAAGGAGAACCUGUGUCAGGCCCCACUUGUUUGCAUUGAUGGAAAUGUGCCUCUCUCCACUAUUCAGUACGUCUGCCAACUAGCUAGAGAGCACCAGCUAGCAGUGUGCUAUGAGCCAACAGAUGAGAACAAGGCCUCUAAGCCAUUCCUCUCAGACAGCUGGAAAGCACUCACAUACAUUUCCCCCAACCUGCAAGAGCUGAGAGCAAUAAAUCGGACCCUUGGGAACCCUCUGCCAGCAGAGCUGCCGUCCAGGUUGGAGGAUGUUGUCCAGGCUGCAGUGGCCCUGGCCUGCCCUUUGCUGGCCCACCUGCACUGCGUGGUGGUGACCCUCGGCGCUCAUGGCAUCCUCCUGUGCGGCAAGAGUCUGGGAGGGAGCAUCUCCCUUUAUCCAGGGGCUCAUGAUCAGGCUGCUGCUGCCAGGCUCUGUGCUGCCCACUACCCCGCCAUCCCCAUCAGCAGGGAGGAGAUAGUCAACGUGUCAGGAGCUGGUGACAGCUUAAUGGCAGGAAUCCUUGCAGGGAUGCUUGCUAAACAUGACACAGGCACGUGUGUCCGGAUGGGUCUGCUGGCUGCCAGCUUGUCUCUCCGCUCCUAUGAGCCCAUUUCCUCAGAAAUCAGCACUUCCAGUGUCAGCCAGGAGCAAGUCAAGAGCAGGAGCUGGCCAGAGGCAAAGGUAUGGAAGAUGGACUAGAACACUGUGGCUUUCUCAUCUAUCACCUCAUUGCACUUACAGCAAUCCUAUUUUCAAGAACUGGACUGUGUUUUGAGUUUUCAGAACAUUUAUCUGCUUUGGUCCUGAGUAAACCCUCAAGAAAGGAAGUCCCUACCCAGGGAACUUCUGUGGAGUGAAAAGCUGAUUUCUAGUAUUUCAGACCUCCUGGUUUUCUGACCUCCAGGCCUUCUAGAUUUUCUAUUGAGGGAAUUUUCUCUUCCUCCACCUUGUGUCACUGUUGUCCAUUAUCACAGUAGCUCCUCUGUCAUUGACUUCAGGACCAUGUCUCUUCAGCUGGGCCCAGCAGCAACAUCUGCUCUUGCUGCUUACUCUUUCCUAUCUGAGAGGUCCCAUGGAUCACAGCCUGUGACAGAGUGCACCUGGCAGGAACAUGACACUGUAGGAUAACCUCAUCCAUCUUCCCAAGCUGGCCAGCACACACUGCACCUUCUUGCUCUGAAGUCCAAUGCCCCUGGAGAAGUAGGCAAGACAAAGUAAAGAAGAGUGACCAGGGACCAGCUGGUGGCCUUUAAAAGAUGAUAGCCCCUUGUUCCACAUGCCUUCCUCUGAACAUGGGGCUUCCUUCCUCCUUCUUAAGUCCUGAGCGUCAAGUCUGAAGCGAAAGAGAUCAGAGGGAGCCAAGGCAUUUCCCAUGGAAGCCAUGAGGAAAAGUCACCUUCUCUCUCUAAGCACAGGAUGCAACUGCAGGUGCCAACAGAUCAGUGAACACUGAAACUCAUUAAAACUGAUUUCUAGUAGA